GUCACGUUUUGGAUCCAGCAUGGCAGGGAAACAGAAAAGGAAACUGGAAGAGCUCAGUGUGGAUGAGUUCCUGCUGUCAGGUUUUGACUCUGACGGUGAAUCUGAAGAAGAGACUCCCAAACAGAAUGGAGUCAAGAAAAAGAACAAGAAGAAAGAUUUGAACUCUGCAGCUCCCAACACUGACGAUACGAAGAAAGGAAAGGCAUCUGAACACAAGGAGCAGCUGUCCAGGUUAAAGAAUAAAGAUCCAGAGUUUUACAAGUUUCUGCAAGAGAACGACCAUAAGCUCCUAAACUUUGAGGACACAGACAGCUCUGAGAAUGAGGAUGAGGAUGAGAAAAAGUACCACAGAUUGCCAUCCACACUGGAGGAGGCUAGCUCUGGUGAGGACGGUGAAGAUGAUGAGGAUGGACAGAAAGGUUCAAAAAUAUCCAAGAAAUCCGUGGAAACCAUCAAAGUCACAGACAAAAUGGUUGAAGACUGGAGAGCUGCUAUGAAGCAGGAGCCCACACCUCGUCUCUUCAGAGAAGUCACCCAGGCCUUUAAGGCAGCUGUAGCUACAACAAAGGGUGAAGGAGGGGGACAGUGUCGCUACAAAGUGGCUGACAGCUCAGUGUUCAACGCUUUGGUCCUGUUCUGCAUCAGAGAUGUUUACGUGGCCCUGCAGAGGAUGCUCAACCUAAAGCCAGAUAAAGACCAGAAAAAGCUAGUGCUCCCGUCGUCUAGUCCAAAGUGGCAGAAGAAUCAGAUCGACAUCAAGAUGUAUCUCAGUGGAGUAGUUCAGCUAUUAUCGUGUCUAACAGAGUCUACAGUCAUCAGCGCUGUCCUGCGGCACGCCAACCAGCUCAUACCUUAUUACCUUUGUCUACCCAAACAGUGUCGGCACCUGGUUAAGCAACUGCUGAAACAGUGGAGCACAGGGGAAGAAACGAGUCGCGUUCUCGCCUUCCUGGCCCUCAACAAAAUCUGCCGACACAAGCAGGAAACAUAUCUUAACCCUAUUCUCAAGCAAAUGUACAUUUCCUACGUACAAAACUGUAAGUUCACAUCUCCCAAUGCGCUGCCCAUGAUCAACUUCAUGCAGCGAACUCUAACGGAGAUGUACUCCCUGGACACACAGGCCACUUAUCAGCACGCCUUCAUCUACAUCCGACAGCUGGCCAUCCACCUCAGAAACGCCAUGACCAUGAAGAAAAAGGAAACAUAUCAGUCGGUGUAUAACUGGCAGUAUAUCCACUGUCUGUACCUGUGGUGUCGCGUCCUCAGCACCUUGCACCCCAGUGAUGUUCUACAACCUCUCAUCUAUCCACUCUGCCAGGUCAUAAUCGGCACCAUCAAAUUGGUGCCCACAUCAAGAUAUUACCCCCUGAGGAUGCACUGUUGCAGAGCCCUCACCCUGCUGUCGAGCAGCACCAACACAUUUGUACCUGUGCUGCCUUUCCUCUUGGAGAUCUUCCAUCAAGUGGACUUCAACAAGAAACCAGGCCGAAUGAGCAAGAAACCCAUCAACUUUGCAGUCAUCCUGAAGCUUAGCAAAGUCAACCUGAUGGAGAAAGCCUACAAGGAGGGACUGAUCGACCAGCUGUAUGACCUGAUACUGGAAUACUUCCAUACUCAGGCCUUCACCAUUGGCUUCCCAGAGCUCGCCCUCCCCACCAUCAUUCAGCUGAAAGCGUUCCUGAAGGAAUGCAAAGUGGCCAAUUACUGCAAGCCGGUGCGCCAGCUGCUGGAGAAGGUACAGGAGAACAGCAGCCACAUCACAGGACGGAGACAGAAGGCCGCCUUCGGAGUGGCCGAUGCCACCGCUGUGGCGGCCUGGGAGAAGCGGGUCCAGGAGGAGGGGACUCCUCUCAGUAGGUACUACAGUCAGUGGAAGAAACUGAGGGAGAAGGAGAUCCAGCUGGAGAUCUCUGGCAAAGAAAGGAUGGAGGAUCUGGACCUCCCUGAGAUCAAACGGAAGAAGAUUCAAGAGAAGAAAGUGGAGGACAAGAAGGAGUUCAAGGAUCUGUUUGAGUCUGACAGUGAAUCAGAUGAUGAUGAUGGAGGGUUCAAAAUCAAAGGUAAAAAGGGCACCCGUGGGUCAGAUGAUGAUGAGGAUGAUGAGGACCUUGACGACCUGUCUGACAUGAGCGAUGAUGAGGGAAUGGAAGAAGACUCAGAUGAUGAUGAAGGGGAUGAAAAGGCAUCCAAGGCUCCUCAGCCGCUGUCCUCCUCUGCUCUGAUAAAGCUGGCCGAGGGAGACGAGGAUCUGGUGGAGGACCUGGAGCUGUCUGACGAUGACUGAGGGAUCAUGGGUUCACGCGCUCGAGCUCACCUGAGACACUUUUUAUGCUCCUCCGAUAUAUUUGGAUUAUUUUGUUAUAUUCUUUGCUUUUGAAUUUUGUAUUACUUCACUUGUACAGUACAAAUGUGUUAAUGGUAUAAUUUUAUGAAGCAUUGAAAUUGAAAAGAAAAAAAAAAGUCUUUGUUUUUUCUUCCCCCUAAGAUGCUAAUUAAUUGAAGCGUGCAUGUGCAUGUUGAUGCAGGACUGCACCUGAAAAAAGUCAUUUGUGUCCUCCGUACAUGUGCACACCUGUAGGCACCCUCAGGCUUUGUGAGGACAGGCUAUUUGGAGAGAGCUGUGAGCCUUGCUGAGCCGGGCCGAGCCAGGCUGGGCCGGCCAAGAGGAGGGGUACAGAGAGGCGGGUGUUGAGCCCCGAGGCAGCAGUGCUGUGCCAGGCUGGCAGGGUGGCGUCUGAUGCUGUGCCAAGACUCUCUGCCCAGGUGGUAGAGCAGCAACACAGGCUGGUCUGUUUCUGUGCCAACUCCUCAUAACCCCCCCACCCCCCUCCCGGACCACUGUCUUUUCUGUCUGUGUAUUCACAUGCUCAGACACAGCUUUCCUACUCUAACUUCUCCCCUUUUCUUUCUCAGCUUUACUGCAGCUUUCACCACUAAAGUAAAGGUGAUACUGGGCUUUGUUGGGUGAACGAUUAUCGCAUGCAUUCACUGGUGUACAAUACAGGGCAGAGUUGUUGUUUGACAUGGACUUUAACACCACAAAUGAGGAUUUGAUUUGUGUCGCCACAUUUCCUCUGUAGUCAUUUUCAGUGAAUACAGAACCCUCUGGUGCAGAGGCCCAGCCUGAAGCGAGGGGAAGUCCCAGCAAAGUCUGUAGAGUGUUCUGCUUCGGUGUAAACUCUUUGAAGCAGGAAGGUAAGUGUGAAGUGGCGGGGAGUGGGGGUGUAUUCCUGGUUCUGGUGCUGGUCCUGUGUGUGGGUGUAUGAGGCGGGUCAGGUUUAUCCCCACAGGCAGGGAGGCCUUAGCCUGCGGCUGAACCUCACACUCUGACAGCUGGUGUUGACCUGAACUGUGCCCCCCAUGGGUCACCUCCCCUUUACACACGCGAGGAGACCACAUACUCCCUCCUGCAAGUUUUUACUGAACAACCACAAACACCUUAGUAGGAAAAGGCACAUAUACAUCGUCUGAAACAAAUGACAAAUGAGAGAAGUGAGGAAUUUCUUUAGGAUUUAUUUCACCUGUAUGGUGAAUAGAAAAAUAGGAUGAAGACAAAACUUUUGAAGGGAAAUCUAGAGACCAUUUUAAUUCAUUGCUUGCGUUGUUUAAAAAAAAAAAAUCCAUAACAAAUUCAAAACAUUUGCAUUAAGAGCUUUUGUGCCUUACUUUUCCCUGCAACCAAGAGAAAACCAAGUAAAAGUAUCUUUGGAAUCCAUCUGAAGGGCUAAUUAUAAUACAUAUCAUAAUCUGCUUUAUCUACUACAUCAAAAGUCCUAUAAAUAUUUUUUUCCUCAUAUUUAUAUGCUGAAGUAGCAUUCGAGAUUGGAGCGUCUUUUAAUAUUACACUUUCAAAAAAAAAAAUGGCAGAACAAAAAUUAUGAACAGAAGUACCACCAAAGUUCAGCAAGUCACAUUUUUCAGUAAAGAAAACCUUAUUCGUGCAACUACAUUUAACAAAAAGUAAAAGUACCACGUAUGUAACCUUCAGGAUAUUUUCAUCUUAAGCAUGAUUCUGUACAAUUUUGCAUGUUUUUCCUACCUCCCACAGUAGUCAACACAAGCGUACAAAGACGUAAGCCGUACACACCAUAGAGGCUUCUCCAUUUCACCAACAUUUUUAAGCCUUUGUAUGUCAGGAAAUGACAGAUCUACCUGUGUCACCCUAAACACAGUCUGUCAUGUGAGGCACUAGCCUAGCAUUCCCCUGUUGGACCAGUCUUUCUCUGAGACUAUUAAUGCAAAAAGAAGCGGACACAUUGUGAAACGUGUUUCCAAUUCCACACAUCCGGUCAUCUUUGGUAUUGGGACAGUGGAAUGCAUAGUUGCAGUGAUAAGAGGGAGAUGGUCAGAUCUGGUGCUGCUCAACAUAUGCUUCAACUCCAGCCUCCAAAAAAAUAGCUCCACGCUGCUGUUUGGCUUCGGAAAACAAGCGAGCAGAAGGAGGGGAGGGAGAGAAAAGAGGGGAGAGGCGUCUCUUUUUAAUUCCUGGAUUCUGCAGGGCUUGUGGUGAGAGCAGUCAGAGAUGGAGACUAGAGAAAGAGAGUGAGCGAGCAGAGCUUCCUCCAGCUCAGGAAGGAAGGAAGAGUUUCCGCUAGCGUCUGACUGUCUGACUCGCAAGAAUGUCGCAUUUGUGGCAGGGCUUCGCUCCUUUUUUUUCUUUUUUUUUUUUUGGCAAGCUCUCUGUGACCAGCUGUCUCCUUUUCCUCCUUUUUCUUUUUCUCUGUUCCUCUGUCGCUUCACGUGUCUCCCUUCCAACACAGUUUCUUUGGAUUCUGCUCAGCUACAGCCACUGCAGAGGAACUUAGAC